UCCGCCUUCCCCAGGACGGGGCGGAAGGUUGUCUGCUGGAAUGCGAGGAGCGGCGGCGGCGACGAGAACGCGCCUCCUUCUCUCUCUCUCGUUGCCCCCAGGCGCGGCCCCGCCUGCCAGGUCUUGGUGCCACCUCGACAGCAGGAACAUCAGAAAUUGAGGCGGGGGAGCCACUUCAAGCCAGGAUGUCCACUUUCCGCCAGGAAAGGGUCGAAGACCACUAUGACAUGGAGGAAGAACUGGGCAGUGGCCAGUUCGCGAUCGUGCGGAAGUGCCGUGAGAAAAAAACGGGCCUGGAAUACGCGGCAAAGUUCAUCAAGAAACGGCGCCUGUCGUCAAGCCGCCGAGGGGUGAGCCGCGAAGAGAUCCAGCGGGAAGUCAACAUCCUGCGGGAGAUCCAGCACCCCAACAUCAUCACCCUCCACGAUAUUUUCGAGAACAAGACGGACGUGGUGCUGAUUCUGGAAUUGGUCUCCGGUGGGGAGCUGUUUGAUUUCCUGGCGGAGAAGGAAUCCCUGACGGAGGAAGAGGCCACCCAGUUCCUGAAACAGAUCUUGGACGGAGUCCAUUACCUCCACUCCAAACGCAUUGCCCAUUUCGACCUGAAGCCUGAAAACAUCAUGCUCCUUGACAAAAACGUCCCCAGUCCCCGGAUCAAACUGAUUGAUUUUGGCAUUGCUCAUAAGAUUGAGACGGGAAAUGAAUUCAAAAACAUCUUCGGCACUCCAGAAUUUGUAGCUCCAGAAAUAGUGAAUUAUGAACCUUUGGGCCUUGAGGCUGAUAUGUGGAGCAUCGGAGUCAUCACUUACAUCCUCCUGAGCGGUGCCUCUCCCUUCUUGGGGGAAACGAAGCAGGAGACCCUGACCAACAUUUCAGCUGUGAAUUAUGACUUUGAUGAGGAAUACUUCAGCAACACCAGCGAACUGGCCAAGGAUUUCAUUCGAAGGCUGCUUGUCAAGGACCCCAAGAAACGGAUGACAAUUGAGCAAAGCUUGGAGCAUCCAUGGAUCAAGGUGAUCAAGAGGCGGAACGUCCGCAAUGAAGACAACGGCAAGAAACCGGAGCGACGGCGCCUGAAGACCACGCGGCUGAAGGAGUACACCAUCAAGUCUCACUCCAGUAUGCCGCCCAAUAACACCUACAUCAACUUCGAACGCUUCUCCAAAGUCAUGGAGGAGGUGGCGGUGGCCGAGGAGAGCCUGCGGGAGCUGCAGCAGAGUAAGAAGUCCUUCCGGGAGGACAUCGAAGCCCUGCGGUCCAUCUACGAGGAGAAGGAGUUGUGGUACAAGGAGGAGAACCAGGCCAUCAGCCAGGACCUCCGUCAAAUCCAGCAGGAGAUGCAGAAGACGGAGACCCUCAAGCGGCAAGCUCAGGAAGAGGCCAAGAGCACCUCGCUGGCAGCUAACCGGCUGAAACGGCACCUCCGGAAGCUGGAGAACCGCUACGAGGCCCUGGCCAAGCAGAUGGCCUCCGAGAUGAAGUUUGUCCAAGAGCUGGUCCGUUCGGUGGAGCUGGAGAAGCUGCAGGGUGGAGAAGAAGACUGUGGAAUCCGCUAAUGGCACUUUCUGGCCAAGUGGGAGAAGGUCAUCUCUAGGUCAAGUCAACCCAUCUUAGAUACCUCCUAUCCUCCUUUCCAGGGGCCAGAAAACCCUUCGACCUCAUUGAAUUGUUCCCAAAAUUACAUGUUCCGUCAUACAACGCUUCUGCUCGUAAACCCCGCAUGGAGGAAAAAAAAUUGUGCAUGCGGACAACUUUCACGUUCCUUCACCUGAAGACGGGACGCGUAUGAAAUGCAGACUCAGCAGAGGGGCUGUCGGCACACCAGAGGCACCCCCUUCCCCCCCUCUUGCUGGCUGAUGUUUCCUUGAGAACCCCAAACUUUGGAGAUGAUCUGGAAAUCGUUCUCCCCGAAAGAGAUUUCCUGCUGCAGAAGGUCAGGGGGAAGAUCUAUUCUCAUGGAUGUUGAGUUUCUGCAAACGUGAUCCUCAACCCCAGAGGGGUAUGACUCUCUAAUUCAACUCCUCUAGGACAGCCCAUCUUUGGUCGAGAAUUAACCAGGAUUCCUGGGGUCUAGAAAGCAAGCUGGGGAGGGGGAGGGGGCGUUCCAGAAAAAUCUUAAAACGUUUCCCAACAUUGCAAGGAUUUUAGGAUUGGGUGUCUCUGUUGAAUUGUGGCUACCCAAAGGCACGUAAGAGACGGGUGAAGAAUGGCAGAUCUUCCCCCAUGAAGCUGGGUGGCAGGGGCAGAAUUGCCACGAGCCUUCAGAAUAGUGUUGGCGAACCUUUUCGGCACCAAGUGCCGAAACGGGAAUGUGUGUAUGUAUUGGAAACCGGAAGAGUAGCUGCCCGAUGCGCAUGCUGGGAAGAUGAUCUUCCGGUUUCCAGCGGUGCAUGCUCACCGGCACAUGGUCCUCCGGUUUCUGGUACGCACACAUGCACAAAUGACCAGCGUGCCAGAACCCGGAAAUCAUUUUCUGGCGGCUGCUCUUCCAGUUUACGGCGCUCUCGCGGGUGAAGACAAGCUGACCAGCGCACCAGAACCUGGAAGAUCAACGGGUGACAGCUUGCCUGCCUGGAGAGAUGGCUGCGCAUGUCACUUCCGCCACGUGUGCCAUAGGUUUGCUUUUAAACAAACCCAGAUUUGUUUAAAACCAGCUUAAGAUUUUACCUUUCACCGGGAAGUGGGGAGCGGGGGGGGGAGUCUAUCUUCUUCUGCCCUGUUGUUUUGGACUUCCGACGGGUCGCAAGAGACCGUUUCCUUAAGUUUGUGUAUUUUAAUUUCCGUGUUGGGGAACAGGUGGGUUUUUCGGUGGUCCGCAAGUAAAACUUUUUGUAAAAAAAAAAAAAGAGAGAGAGAAAAAAAACACCCAUCUUGCGAUGCUUCCUUGAGUGAACUUGGCUUCAUCUUUGGGUGGGGCUGAAUCUAACACCAGGUUUUACUGGGAGCCGCUGGUCUUACUGGGGAUAGAGGUUGAGGCAGUCCUGGGCGGAAGGGUGGGGAGAGAAAUUCUUUCUAUCCAGGUUUUCAAUUUUAUUUAAUGUAUUUAUCAAACUUGUAUCGUCGCACAGUGCUUUGCGAUCCUGCUGGCUUCUUCCGUUCCUUUGAACUAUCCUGCUUUGGAGGCCUUUCCUCGGGAUCCCAAAAUAUUUAGAAAGUCUCGCCCUCUCUUUGAAACCAGGGAUUGUCUCUUGAGUGGGACAGUCUAAUCGCUCCUUUGAGCAAUGAAUAAACAACGUCAGAUUUCUUUUUGAAAA